AUGCGUGAAGAACCACAUCAGGAGUGCUGCCAGGGCCUCUCGCCCCUAAGGCCUCUCCUGUUUGGCCUGGAGAGCGCCAGAGGUGAUCUCGGAGCGCUCCUGGGCGCGGGUGCGGGAGGACUCGGGAGGUCCGAGGCAUCGUUGCUGGGGUGCAGCCUGGCAAAGCCGUAUGGACACAGAACCCCGCGCUCCUCAGUCAGCGUGCAACACGCUGGCGGACGGAGUCGGUCGCUCCCGGCAGCCAAGUAUAUAACAUAUAAAACAAUUUUACUAACUAUAAUAUUCACAGUAAGCUUCAAAAAAACAGUAGAGAUUAUUCACAAGAGAGUGUUGAGGCUUAUUCUUAUGUUUACUUUCUCCAGUCUCAUCAAGAAACAGAAAACUUUGCAAUGGGCUAGGAGAAAUUAUGGGGAAAGUGGAAUGGAAGCCUUCAAAGAACUGGCUGCCCAAGAGGGUCUCUGCAUUGCUCACUCUGACAAGAUCUACAGCAACGCUGGGGAAAAGAGCUUUGAUCGCCUGCUCCGCAAGCUGCGAGAAAGGUUACCCAAGGCUAGAGUGGUGGUUUGCUUCUGCGAGGGAAUGACAGUGAGGGGGAUCCUCAUAGCCAUGAGGCGCCUGGGAGUGCUUGGGGAGUUCCUGCUAAUUGGAAGUGAUGGUUGGGCAGACAGAGAUGAAGUCAUUGAAGGUUAUGAACCUGAAGCAAAUGGAGGCAUCACUAUCAAACUACAGUCUCCAGAGGUCUUGUCAUUUGAUGACUACUAUCUGAAGCUGCGUCUGGACACCAACACACGCAACCCCUGGUUUCCUGAGUUCUGGCAGCACAGGUUUCAGUGUCGCAUCCCAGGGCACCCACUGGAGAAUCCCAAUUUCCAGAAGAACUGCACUGGCAAUGAGACCCUAGAAGAAAACUAUGUGCAGGACAGUAAAAUGGGAUUUGUCAUCAAUGCUAUAUAUGCUAUGGCUCAUGGGCUCCAAAAUAUGCAUCAUUCCCUUUGCCCUGGACAUGUUGGGCUGUGUGAUGCUAUGAAGCCAAUUGAUGGAAGCAAGCUCUUGGAGUUCCUCCUCAAAUCCUCAUUCAUCGGUGUUUCUGGAGAAGAAGUUUGGUUUGAUGAAAAGGGAGAUGCCCCUGGAAGGUAUGACAUAAUGAACCUGCAGUACAUAGAGCCCAACCGCUACGACUACGUCCACAUUGGGACCUGGCAUGAGGGCGUGCUCAACAUCGACGACUACAGGAUUCAGAUGAACAAGAGUGGAAUGGUCCGAUCGGUGUGCAGUGAGCCUUGCUUGAAAGGCCAGAUUAAGGUGAUCAGGAAAGGAGAAGUGAGUUGCUGCUGGAUUUGCACCGCUUGCAAGGAGAAUGAAUUUGUUCAGGAUGAAUUCACAUGCAAAGCCUGUGAGCUUGGCUGGUGGCCGAAUGCUGACCUGACAGGCUGUGAACCCAUCCCUGUGAAGUACCUCCAGUGGAGCAAUAUAGAGUCUAUUGUGGCUGUGGUCUUCUCCUGCCUGGGGAUCCUGGUCACCAUGUUUGUCACACUUAUCUUUGUGCUCUACAGGGACACCCCUGUUGUCAAAUCCUCCAGCCGGGAGCUCUGUUACAUUAUCCUUGCUGGCAUCUUUCUGGGUUACGUCUGCCCUUUCACCCUUAUAGCUAAACCCACCACGACAUCCUGCUACCUCCAGCGCCUUCUGGUGGGUCUCUCCUCUGCCAUGUGCUAUUCUGCCCUUGUGACCAAAACCAACCGCAUUGCACGCAUCCUGGCAGGCAGCAAAAAGAAGAUCUGUACCCGCAAGCCACGUUUCAUGAGUGCGUGGGCCCAAGUGGUCAUUGCCUCCAUUUUGAUCAGUGUGCAGUUGACACUGGUGAUCACGCUGAUCAUCCUGGAGCCCCCGAUGCCCAUCCUCUCCUACCCCAGCAUUAAGGAAGUUUACCUUAUCUGCAACACCAGCAACUUAGGCGUUGUGGCUCCUGUGGGCUACAAUGGGCUCCUCAUCAUGAGCUGCACGUACUAUGCCUUCAAGACUCGCAAUGUGCCUGCCAACUUCAAUGAGGCCAAGUACAUUGCAUUCACCAUGUACACCACUUGUAUCAUCUGGCUGGCCUUUGUGCCUAUCUAUUUCGGGAGCAACUACAAGAUCAUCACCACCUGUUUUGCAGUGAGCCUCAGCGUGACAGUGGCGCUGGGAUGCAUGUUUACUCCUAAGAUGUACAUCAUCAUAGCCAAGCCUGAGAGGAACGUCCGCAGUGCCUUCACCACCUCAGAUGUGGUGCGUAUGCAUGUCGGGGACGGCAAGGCACCUUGCAAGUCCAACACAUUCCUCAACAUAUUCCGGAGAAAGAAGCCAGGGGCCGGAAAUCCAAAGUAA